CUGGGGAGUCGUCCCCAGUACGACCUGUUUGGCAGACAGCUUCCGGAGCCCGGAUGACAGUUCCCGCCAAGAGGCAUCCUUAUACGAAAGCUUGAAGAAGACAGACGUAUAUAUACGAAGAGCGAUACAUAGAUAUAGAAAGGCACUUUCAGCGUAAUGCAUAGGUAAGUCUGUGGGUAACUCACGGGAUUACUGGGACACUAACACCCCAAUUACUUUAUUGGCGCCCAACUCGAGGCCACAGGCUUAUCGGUGAUUUGACAGUUUGUUGUUUUUUCACACCACGCUGGUCAGCCGCCAUAUUGGCGGGAAGUCUCAGUUUGACUUGGAAUUUUUUUUUUUUUUUCACUUUGAAUUAAAUUAAGAUUUUUGUGAUUAUUUUAGGAUUUAAUAUUUAAUUACAGAAUCAAUUUAGAUUAUUGACAUUUGCAUUUUUGUAUAUUUGUGCAUUGUUGUGUAUUAUGGAUACAUCUUUUGAUGAAGCGCUGUCUGGAUUGGGCUUACGAGCCCACCCAGACACCCCCGCGUUCACGCGUCGUGGCCCUACGCUGUCGCAGUUAGCUUCAGGUAGAGUUGAUAACCCAUGGGGUUAUGGGGGGGCUUAUGACAGUAUGUCAGGUCCCGGGUUAGAGCCAUAUUCCCAAGGUGGAUCCUUGGUUGGCGGCGAUCCCUUUGUCACGCCGUCCUUGCCUUCCUGUUUGAGGGAGGGGGGUGGUAGGUUGAGGGGCGCCCCAGGAGGGGGAGUGAGGUUCUCGGACACUCUACUUGGUUCUAGGGAGGGGGACAGCCCAGAAUGGGGUAUACGGCGUAGGUGGAACUCAGCAGAGAAUCUAAUUGGCUUAGAUUCACCCAGAAAAGGUUCUGGACUCGACACUUCGUGGUCUAGGGAUAGGAAUAGGUGGGAGGAGGAUUUCUUGUCCCCCAUGGGGGGGUCAGUUAUUCCUAAUGUCUCUGCAAGGCCCACACCGGGUAGGGGGGAUGGUUUCGACUAUGGAUUUAGUUCAGGGACUUUCCCGGAACAUCAUACCCCCUCCCUGCAUCCCUAUGCUCCAGGGUCACGGAGGUUUUCGGCCCCACUCCCUCGCUCUGGGGCCGAUGAUCAGGCAGUAGGCCAGCUUAGUCAGAGUUUACCCCUGGGGGGCUUAGGUUCACGCUCACAGCGUCCCACUCCCAGACAGGAUCCCCCAGUCGCCCCUUUUUCGGAGCCAGGGAUUUCCUAUGGGAAUUAUCACCCCCCACAGGCCAGCCAAAGCUAUGACCUACUCACAGGGUCCCCACCCCCACAUGCCCAUCCUUCACAUGUGCGAGACCCUUGGGCUGGGGGGAAUACCCCCCAUCCCCAGCAUUCGGUACCCCCUAGGCUUGGCGGUUACGCUAGCACACCUAUGCCCUACCCUACCAUGAUGACUCCACCCUAUCAACAGGGACCCUCCGCUUAUCCUGGCACCACGGCCUGUGGGUUAGGGGACGAGGGGGGUAGAGUAGCUCAUGUUCGGCCCCAGUUAGGUGUUCCCGACACACAUACCCCUUUCCUUGGACCGUUGGCCCAGGGGCCCGCUCCGGUGCCCCACCUCCCCACGCCCGCCCCUCAGUACCCUAGGUCUGGGGGAUACGCGACGGGCACUGGAAGACACGCGCCUAAGUACAAGGAUUUGCGGUACGAUGGGAAAAGUAGCUGGAAGUCCUUCCUGCACAAAUUCGCUCGCUUGGCCCGUAGCCAACAGUGGACCGAGCCUGAACAGCAUGACCAAUUCUGCUUCUCCCUGGAAGGGACCGCCAGUGAUUACUACACCCUGUUGCUGGACACUGAUCGCAACCUCUCAUUGACCGACAUCCUGAGGAGAUUUGAGAAACGUUUUGGAUCCUCAGCGCCAGACCUGUCACACCAGCUGAACUUCCAGUCAGCGUCCCAGAAUGCAGGCGAGUCUUUGAGACAUUGGGCAGAUAGGGUGCUCACCCUGGCCACACAAGCCUUCCCAUCCGUGCCAGAUGUUCAUACUCACGCCAUUCCGCGGCUGUGUUAUGGCGCCGAGGACCGGGACGCAGGACUCUAUGCCCUGGAUGGCCAGCCCAAGACGGUUGAGGAAGCUGUUGAUCGGAUGCAGUAUUACCAGCAUUCGAGGCAGACUAAGUCGUCAAAGCCUAGGCGGGAUGUGAGGCAGGUAGCCCAGGAGGAGGCCCCCGAUUCUGACAAGGAACUCAGGGAGAUGCGCCAGCGCCUUCAGGAGAUAGAGAAGGAACUCCGAGGGCGGACCCCCUCUCCUCGGAGACCUUCAUCGCCACCUUUGAGCGGAAAUCGGAAGUCAGUAGGUUGCUACAAAUGCGGGGCCAUGGGGCACUUCAAGAGGGAAUGCCCGGAGCUGAAGGGAAAAACUGAGGCGAACCAGGGUCAAGGGGCCAAGGCCAAGCCUAAGGACGGCCACGAGACGCAGCAACGUUCGUCAGAACCACGGGGGCGGGGAACCAAGACCCGCCAGUCACAAUUUAGUGGAGGGCCUACGCAGCGGGAAGUCAGGGUGCUGACUCCAGAGCGCUCCCCAGUUAGGCCAGGGCCGUGCGACGCUCGCACGGGGACAAGUCGGUUUGCAGGAGGACACAGGCAGGCGCCCUCCUGCAUGCGCCGCUCCAGGAAGGGCACACUCCAAGUGCGGUUCAAGGAGGCAUCCGAGGAGGAGGAGGAGGAGGAGGAAUCCGAUGACUGGGUCAUAGGGUGGGAGGACAAAUACGAGCCCUCCCCCAAGGAUAUGUUGUCGGGAUUCAGGCUCCCUGAGGAUAUCGUGGUGCCGGAACUGCCCAGGUUUGGGGCAGAGAACCAGGGGGAUGGGGAGGAAUUUCCGGAGGAUUCGGAGGACUUGCCGGAUCAGGAGCCCUCGCUCAUUCAGGAGGAGCAGGCCGGCGCGUAUCUCGCGCCCAGGCCUAGUGAGUGCCCGGAGCCAGUUAAGGCGCAGGUUCAGCCCAAGGAGGAAUGUGGGUUGGGGGUGGUCAGUGGCCAGGCAGAGGACGGAACCGUGGAUAUGCCAUGCCGGCAUGCGGGAGAAGCCCAUGAAGAGUUGCCUGUGCCUAUAGGGCAGAUACGCCCAACCACCGGAUUCAUGGUCGAAAUGGUAGUCCAGGGAGUCAGACUACAGGCAGUGGUAGACACUGGGGCGGAGGUGAGUGUGCUGUCCACCCGGGUCUACGAGGAGCUCGACCCCAAGCCUCCCAUCAAGCAGCAUGUGACCUUGGUUCAGGCAGGGGAAAACGCUCGGAUGAGGGGCUUCGUCAUUGGCCCUGUGACAGUUUGCCUGGGAGACACAGAACACAACGUCGACCUGUAUGUGGCUCCCCUGCAGGACCAAAUGCUGCUAGGUAUGGAGUUUUUGCAUCAGCAGAAGGCCCACUUAGACCUGGAGCAUGGCACCAUGACCUUGGGGAAGGAGAAGGUCCCUAUGACGUUCGGACGCCCAGGAGGGGGACAGGAGGCUCAGGUUUCGGUAACAAAGUCUAUCAGGGUCCCAGCUGCCUCAGUCGUCUUAUGCCCUUGUCAUUUGGAUAAGGAGUUGGAAGACUUCGUAGUCAGCCCUCAGAUCACACGACUCUCGAACCUACUACUGGUGCCGCACACUUAUCACACUGGGGGGAGGUCAGCAGUGACCUGCAUUAUCAACGCCUCGGACGAGGAUGUGUCCAUCCCAGAGGGCAGUGUGAUAGGUUCAGCCUCGGAGGCUGGAUUUCGGACGCCGACUCCGGACAUAGUCCGGAAUGUUUGCAGUGUGGCUAAUCCUCACACUGAUUCGGGGGCUGAGGUCCCCGAACACUUGAAGGACCUCCUUGAUCGCUCGUCCAAGGAACUGACCCCGGAGGAGCGACGGAUGCUCGCAGACCUGCUCAACGAAUUUCAGGACGUAUUUGCUACGGGGGAAUUCGACUUUGGCAAUUUCACGGCUCUGGAGCAUGAGAUCGACACAGGCGAGGCUCGUCCAGUUAAGGAGAGGAUGAGGCGCACCCCGCUGUUCUUCGUGGACGAAGAGGAAGCACAUCUUAAGAAGAUGUUGGAUGCAGGUGUGAUCCAGCCCUCGGUGUCAGAGUGGGCCUCCGCCCCUGUGUUGAUCAGGAAGAAGGACGGGCAAGUUCGGUGGUGCCUAGACUACCGUAAACUCAACGACGUGACCCGGAAGGACGUAUUCCCAUUGCCCCUCAUUGACGAGUGUCUAGACACUUUAACUGGCAAUGUGUGGUUCUCGAAGCUCGAUGCCAACUCAGCUUUUCACCAAAUCAAGAUCAGCCCUAAGGACAGGAAGAAGACCGCCUUUGUCACGAAGUACGGGCUCUUCGAGUUUGUUCGUAUGGGAUUCGGAUUGUGCAAUGCGCCGGCGACUUUUUCCCGUGCCAUGAGCCUGGUGUUAAGGGGACUCACAUGGAGUAUAGUCCUGGCCUUCCUGGAUGACGCCUUAGUCCUCGGUAAAGACUUUCAAGGUCAUUUGGACAACUUGAAAGCGGUAUUCCGGAGAUUCCGGGAGUUCGACCUUAAAUUCAAGCCCAAGAAGUGUGAGCUGUUCCAGACUAAGGUUGAAUUCUUGGGGCGCCAAGUGAGCGGAAAGGGUAUUGAGAUGGGGGACACUUACAUCGCAGCAGUGAGGGAGUGGGCUCCCCCAACCAAUGUUAAGGAGGUAGAAAGGUUCCUGGGGUUUGCGAACUACCAUCGGACCUUCAUAGCUGGGUAUGCCCAGUUAGCGUGCCCGCUUUAUCAGGUGACAGGGAAAAAACCCUUUGAAUGGGGUCACGAGCAGCGGUCAGCAUUCGACGCUUUGAAGAAAGCACUCACUAGUCCGCCUACACUGGCCAUGCCUAUAGCAGAGGGUAUGUUUGUAUUGGAUACGGACGCGUCAGGGGAGGCCAUAGGGGCUGAGCUCAGCCAGAUUCAGGACGGGGUUGAGAAACCUAUAGCUUAUGGGAGCCUUGGCCUGAAUAGAGACCAGAGGAAGUAUUGCACUACUCGGCGGGAGCUACUGGCGGUUGUGAGGUUCACUCGCAUGUACCGCCAUUACCUCCUGGGAAGGAGAUUCAGGGUCCGGACAGACCACCAUAGUCUCAUUUGGCUGCUGAACUUCAAAUCCCCUCAGGACCAGCUGGCCCGCUGGCUAGAGGAACUUAGCCAGUAUAAUAUGGAGAUACAGCACCGCCCAGGCCGGCGCCACAUCAACGCUGAUGCCCUAUCCAGAUUGCCACACUCAUCUUGUGCCUCUGGCGCCGCUUUUGCUAUUCAUCCCAGCGACCUGCCCUGCGGAGGUUGCCUGAAGUGCACGAAGGCUCACCAGUCAUGGAACACCUUUGUGGAGGAAGUGGAUGACGUGGCUCCACUCGCCCGCCCGGGUACUUGGACUUACUUAGAAGAGCCUUCGUCGGACGAGGAAAUUGACUUGGCUGAGGACUCGGCUAUCAACUUGGCCCAGUGCAAGCCCGGAGUCGUUCCGGAGGGCCACAGCCCUGAGAUCAGUGAGGCGGCUUGGAACUAUGUCUCCCGAGAAAUUCUCGGGCCACCCAGCCAGAUAGUGGACCUUGAGAGCGACGACACGGCAUCUGGUCCGUUUAGAACCCAGGUACGGCUGCUCACCAGUCCUCAGAUACCAGCUGUUGUUAGGACACUUACAGAUACCGGCAGUGGUUCCCUGUCCCUCGUAGGCAUGACCGCAGACGAGAUGAUGCAGAGCCAACAGCAGGAUGCGGACUUGAAGCUCUUUGGCCAAUGGCUGUCAACUGAUGGAGAGCCGGCGGAGGGAGAGCUGUUCCUAGCAAGCCCGGCUUUGAAAAAUUACUGGAUUGACAGGGAAUUUUUCAUGAAGGAUGAGGACCAAGUCCUUUGGAAGUUGGUGGGGGAGGGAGAGUCGAGGAGUCGGCUAUUGGUAGUCCCCCGGGAAUUGAGGGAGGAAGUUCUCAGGCUGUGCCACGACGUCCCUGCCUCAGGCCAUCAGGGAAUCAGCAGGACUAAAGCCCGCCUUAGGGAGCGCUUUUUCUGGUAUGGCAUGAUGAGGGAAGUAGAGGGCUUUGUAAGCACUUGUGGGCCCUGCAGCAGGAACAAGCAUCCCCAGCGACACGCGCGAGCAGAGAUGAUAAAGUAUCAUGCAGGAGCUCCCAUGGAGAGAGUGCACUUGGACUUCCUGGGCCCACUGCCCCGGACUGACAGUGGCAACGAGUACGUGCUUGUUAUGGUGGAUCAAUUCACUAAGUGGGUCGAGUGUGUGCCACUUCCCUCCCAGACAGCUGAAGUGACCGCCUCAGCAGCAGUGAACCAGUUCUUUGCCAGGUUUGGCUGCCCGUUCCAGGUAUUUACUGACCAAGGGCGCAACUUCGAGAGCAAGCUCUUUGCAGCAGUCUGUGAGCUACUGAAAAUCCAUAAGGCACGAACAACCCCUUACCGGCCCUCGGCCAAUGGCCAAGUAGAGCGGUACAAUCGGACGUUAAUGGAUGCUGUCAGGUGCUACAUCGACAAGGCUCAGAACAGCUGGGACAUACACUUGGCCCAGAUAGCAGGCGCCCUGAGGUCGUCUGUGAAUCGUAGCACAGGGUUUACGGCUAACAAGUUGAUGUUAGGUCGGGAGACCAACACCCCAGCAGACCUGAUGUAUGCUCCCCCCAUACGAGGCGAGGACCUAGACUUAGAGGACUAUGUGGUGAACCUGGAGAAGUCCAUCCAGGCCGCCCACGAGAUCGCCCGAGCCCGACUUCGGACUACCGAGGAGCGCAUGAAGCGUGAUUACGACCUUAGGGUCAGGUUUCGAGCCUAUCAGGAGGGGGAUACAGUCUAUGUCCUGGACACAGCCACCGUGAAGGGGAAAUGCCGUAAGCUCAGCCCCUCAUGGAAGGGUCCAGGGCUGGUGGUCCAGAAGCUCAGUGCCCACCUCUACCGAGUAAGGACCAAGACGACGGUUAUGCUGGUCAACCAUGACCGCAUGAAAAAGUGCGAGGACCGUGACUUACCUCGCUGGCUUGCCAAUGCCCGGGAGAGGUACUUAGCUGAGAAGGGCUCAUGUCAAGCCAUAGACGAAGGGGUUCAUGCCAGAACCCCUACCGGGGCUGUGUCAGAACCGGAAGGCAUCCCGAGGACACAGGACCCGGCAAGUCUCCAGGAUCCAGAGGUUGCACAGGUUCCCCCGGAGGAACCAACCCCUACACCGAAGCGCAGACGGGGAAGACCGCAAAACAACGUGACGCUGAGUCAGAGGGGGGUUCCCCCCCCCAGGAGCUGGAGGAGGGAGCGGGCACGCUUCCAGAGGGACGACUCCUCGUCCCAGAGCGGGAGGAGGCGGAGGGCCACUCCGCCACCCCGCAGGCCCAGCCCAGUAAAGAUCCGGGAGGACUUUGGGGACCCCAGGGAUGCGGGGGCUCCCAAUCGCCCUAGCCCCCACAGCAGUCGGGACUCGGAGUGCCCCCUGCUGUGCGGGGUAGCUACCCGGAAGCUCCGGCAGCAUGUCACGCUGACCCAUUUGCCGCCGGUCUUCCGGCGUGGCGUCCCCCCCUCCCGGGAGGUCUCGUCCAUCCGGGAGAGGGUCCUGAAGUGGUUGGCCAGGACCCUCCUCGGCCCAGGUGCCACUCUGUCCGAGUUGGCAUCUUCCUUACGGGCCGAGGAGGUGUUCCCGGACCCCCACGGUGGCCUCACACCAGACCUGGUGGAGGCCAUGGACAGUCUGUGUCGUAGUGUGGGGGAAGCCCCUCCCCCAGUUUACGAGUUGCGCGGGGACGUCCACCCCGCGCUCCUCCUCCAUUGGAGGGCACAGGCUGUCUUGCUUAUCAAGAUAGACCCCUGCUCGAGGGCGGCCUACAAGAGGUUGGCCGCCAGCGAGAGGAUAGGUCGUAGGCGCUUGAGGGACUUCUCUAUGAAGCCCAACUCGUCGGGGGGUCCCUCACGCGACAGAACGAGGCCCUCCUCGGGGGCUCCGGCUCCGGGGACCGCUGCUCCCACGGCGCCGCCGGUAGCUCCUGAGGAGGCCCCGUUCAUCCGCCAGGAGCCGAGAGAUGCCUCCCCCUUCUCAGACGAUGGGCCUCCCCCCCUUGAACCGAUUCAGCCAGAGGGGUGGGAGUUGGACUUUGAGGAGGAGGAGCCGGUCGAGUGGUGCCCUCUUGGACCAGAGAUGAUCGAAGGGGGUGCCACCGACCAGCAUCAGGGUGGGGGGGAUUCGUCCCCCAUGCUCGAGUUUGGGGAGAGCCCUUUGGACGGGGAUAUAGGGGGCCCUCCGGUCGGUGGGGAGGAGUUCCCUAGGCCACCCCCUGGGUUCGUUACCUCCCAGUACAUGACUGCGGAGAUGCCUCGGGGGUGGCAUGGUGCCCGCAGGGUGACCCUGGCGGUGAUCCAGGAGUGGUAA